AUGUCAAACGGAUUUCUGAAGGUUGAGGGAGAGAAGGUUGUCGAUGGCAAAGGAAAUGCCAUUGUACUUCGAGGAGCAGGUCUCGGAGGAUGGAUGAAUAUGGAGAAUUUCAUUACAGGAUAUCCAGGCCAUGAACAUCAACAUCGAGCAGCAAUGCUGAAAGUCUUGGGGAAAGAGAAGCAAGAAUUCUUUUUCGACAAGUUCUUGGAAUACUUCUUCAUGGAGGACGAUGCCAAGUUCUUUGCCAGCCUGGGCCUCAACUGCAUACGUCUGCCAUUCAAUUACAGGCAUUUUGAAGACGAUAUGAAUCCGCGAGUGCUGAAGGAGUCUGGUUUCAAGCACCUUGAUCGUGUGAUUGACCUCUGUGCCAAACAUCAAAUCUACACGAUCCUCGACUUGCAUGCCCUUCCUGGUGGACAAAGCCCCGGCUGGCACUGCGACAGUGGCAGCUCAUACGCUGCGUUCUGGGACCACAAAGACCAUCAGGACCGGGUAAUCUGGCUUUGGGAGCAGAUUGCUACGCACUACAAGGACAAUACGUGGGUAGCGGGGUACAAUCCAAUCAAUGAGCCUUGCGAUCCCGAACAUUGGCGUUUGCCUGCUUUCUACGAACGCUUCGAGCCUAUAAUUCGAGAGAUCGACCCUAAUCAUAUACUCUGGAUGGAUGGGAACACGUUUGCUGCCGAAUGGAAGACUUUUGACCAUGUUCUGCCAAAUAGCGCAUAUUCUCUGCACGACUACAGUCAGAUGGGCUUCCCGACUGGCGAGCGAUUCAAGGGCACACCGGAGCAAUUGGCAAAACUUGAACAACAGUUCUUGAGAAAAGCGUCAAUCAUGCAGCAACACAAAGUCGUAGCCUGGAAUGGAGAAUUUGGCCCUGUAUACUCAGAUCCAAGGGUGGACGCAGAUGCCGAAGAAAUCAACCAAGAGCGCUACAACCUUCUUGGCGCACAACUAAAUGUAUACGACAAAUAUCAGAUCCCAUGGAGCAUCUGGUUAUACAAAGAUAUUGGAGUACAAGGAAUGGUAUAUACCGACCCUGAAGGGCCUUGGAUGAAGAAAAUCCAACCUUUCUUAGAGAAGAAGAAAAAGUACCAACUGGACGCCUGGGGGAAGUAUCCCAGCAAAGAAAUUGACGAUUUGUUCGCUCCACUUGCGAAUUUCAUCGAUAUAGCAUGUCCCGAAGCAACGAACACUUAUCCGACCACUUGGCCUACUCGAACACAUCUUGCCAGGAAUGUGAUAGAGACGUUCAUGGCACAGGCUUUCUCGAUGGAGUUUGCGAAUCUGUUCAAGGGUAUGAGCAUGGAGCAGCUCGAUGAGGUUUUGCAAAGCUUCAAAUAUUCUCAUUGCAAGCAAAGGAGUGGAUUGAACAAGAUCAUGAGUGAUCAUGCUGCGCUUCGUAGGAAGGGUGCAAGUGGUUGA